UCACAGCACUGCAGUGCACACUGCUUCCACUUGUUUGCCACCACAGCAAGUAAACAGCCGGCCACAUCCAGCGGGAACCAUGCAGUCUGCCGACGCCAAAUUCAAGAGAAACAGCCUGUUCCUGACUCUGAGACAAUACAGCUCAGCCGUCAGUGAAAUGGAGCAGACCAUUCUUCUGCCAAGCCUGCUGCGAGACAUGCCCUCAGACGAGGUUUGGGACUGUGAAGCUGCAGAAGAGACCUGCAAAGACCUGUACGGCAACUACUUGAUGCUCAAAGCCAUACGGACCACAGUGGAGAGCGGCCUAAUACCCCUGGAUGAUCACAAGGCCAAAAACAACACCGCACUGAACAAGACCCUGGAGCCUCUCUUGGACACAGAUCCUGAAGUCCUCUUCCACUUCCACGUGAGAGGACUGUUUUCUGUGAUGAGUGACCUCACCAAGAAGACGCAGACUCUCACUGAGAAAUACAUGGACAUUAUUGGGGUAGCAAAUUAGUCCUAAGAUAUGUGGACAUCUGUUUUUAAGAGAGUCAUCUAAGACACCCAAACAUCGCAAAUGUCUGAAAUGUUUACAUUCAGUGACCCCAAACUUCUAACCUAAUGAAUAAGGAAUAAAUAUGCAUUGUCAAAAUUA